AUGUCGACAAAUCCAACAAAUAUAAAUGAAUAUCAUGAUAAACAUCACGAUAAACCAGAAAAAGAUAAAGAAAAGGAAAAAGAUAAGGAUAAAGAAAAAUUAAACAUACAGGUUAAGCCAAGAAAAAAUUAUCCAAAUUCAGCAGAUCAGUAUGAACUUAAAGAGAUUAUUGGUAAAGGUGGAAGCGGUUGUGUUCAACGUGCAGUUUGUGUUCCAUUUCAAGAAAAUGUAGCAAUUAAAAUUAUAGAUUUAGAGCAUUGUAAGAAUGUUUCAUUAGAAGAGAUUAGAAAAGAAAUACAGGCUAUGAGUCUUUGUCAUCAUCCAAAUGUAGUAGCAUAUCACACAAGUUUUGUUCAAAAUGAAUCAUUAUGGGUUAUUAUGGAUUUCUUAUCAGCUGGUUCAUGUUCAGAUAUUAUGAGGUUUUCUUUUCCAAAUGGUUUCGAGGAGCAUGUUAUAGCUACAAUUUUAAAAGAGUCUUUAAAGGCAAUUUGUUAUUUUCACAAAACAGGUAGAAUUCAUAGAGAUAUCAAAAGUGGAAAUAUUUUAAUCGAUUCAAAUGGUAAUAUUCAAUUAAGUGAUUUUGGUGUUAGUGCCACUUUAGUUGAUACGGGCGAAACAAGCAGAAAUACAUUUGUUGGUACUCCAUGUUGGAUGGCACCAGAAAUUAUGGAACAGGUUAAUUAUGAUUAUGCUGUCGAUAUUUGGUCAUUUGGUAUUACAGCAUUAGAGCUUGCAAGAGGAAAAGCACCAUUUUCAGACUAUCCCCCAAUGAAAGUAUUAUUGUUGACAUUACAAAAUCCCCCACCAUCAUUGGAUGCAGAUGGUGAAAGCAAGUGGUCACAUAGUUUUAAAGAUAUGGUAGAAAGAUGUUUACAAAAAGAUCCAGCUAAAAGACCAAUUCCAGCAAAGCUUUUAGAGCACAGAUUCUUUAAACAAGCCAAAAAACCAGAAUAUUUAGUACAGCAUAUUUUAUCAAAACUUCCUCCUUUAGGUCAAAGAUAUCAAAUGUUAUCUGAAGAUUCAUUUGCAAUGCUUAGAAAUACAUCU